AUGCUCAAGCACCUGUCGGGGAUCUCCGUCUCCGAAGAUCUCUGCCAUACAACCAGUCUUGGUUAUAAUGGAUUUCCACUUACUCUUGUUGGUGGUAGUCUUAUCGACGGAUUUACUCUAGGAGAAGACUGCUUGACCAUUGACAUUGUCCGACCAGCCAACAUCAAUCCGUUUGACAAGUUACCCGUCUUCGUCUGGUUCUACGGUGGAGGUUUUAUUGCUGGGGGAUCUGCUGAUCCCAAGUACAAUCUCUCAUAUAUCGUCCAGAACUCGGUGGAGAUGAAUAAGCCCAUCAUGGGCGCUAUCAUUAACUAUCGGACAAUGUGUUUUGGCUUCCUGGCGUCUAAAGAAGUUUUAGAUGCCAAUGUUGGCAAUAUUGGACUCUUUGACCAGAGACGAGGCCUUAAAUGGAUCCAAGAGAACAUCAAGGGGUUUGGUGGCGAUCCUGAAAAGUCGGGGGGUUCAAGCACAGGAUAUCACCUCAUUGGCUUCAAGGGCAAUAAUGAUGGACUUUUCCGUGGAGCGAUCAUGGAGAGUGCGAGUUUACUAGGAGCUCCAAUUAACGCCCCCGAACAACUAAAGCGAAGCUAUCAAGGCAUGUACGACAACAUUACAACAACCGUGGGCUGCAAUACCUCGAACGACAGUUUGGCUUGCCUACGAACUGUUCCAUAUGACGUUUUACAUAACGCGUGUAUUGGGUUCCGCCAGACUCCAAUCAUGGAUGGCGAAUUCAUCUCACAACUGCCGUCACAGUCUAUCCAAAAAGGAGAAAUCGCCGAUGUUUCCAUCAUUAUGGGUACCAAUACUGAUGAAGGCACCGCUAUUUUCUUAGGGCCCCGCGCAAAUCCUUUGAAUACCGAUGCGGAUGUAUUUAAAUACAUUCAAGCGCUUGGAAGUGGUCUUGACAAUAAAACUGUAGAAACAGUGAUGGAGUUAUAUCCAGAUGAUCCUACCUGGGGCUGCCCAUUCGGAACAGGGCCUGAACGAUUCGCAGACCAGGGAUUCCAGUACAAGCGUGGCGCUGCUAUUGCCGGCGACUAUUUUAUGCACGCCGGGCGAAGAUUUUACGCAAACUCGCACAGCACUCAAGGCCGUAAACCGAUAUAUACAUAUAGGUUCGACCAAGCACCUUGGGAUAUGAGGGAGCCCUCUAUCAUGAUUGUCCCGCCGGUCUAUGUGACACACUUCUCCGAGAUUGUGUAUGUGUUUGACAACCCCAAUAACAACAGUAACUUCAUUGGGCCCUACCGAAGCUAUGCGAAGCUGCAGUCCUUUAUGUCGCGAUCCUGGGCUUCAUUUGUUCAUGAUCUCAAUCCUAAUAACCACGGACUCCAAGACCCGAAUCUCCCAAAAUGGCCAGAGUAUGAUCCCAAACAGCCUCAAAACAUCGUUUUCCGCGAAGGAGGGAGUUUUAUUGAGAAUGACGAUUACCGGAAACCACAAUUGGCGUUUUGGGGCACUAUCUGGCCAGAGCUACAGACCUGA